UGCAUUUAAGGUUACCAGUGAAACACUUUCGAUAUUGUGUGUAGAAGAUCUGCAAGCUGAAGGAUUCUCUGUCUUAUACGCAAAAAAACAGGCCACAAUGAGAGAGCUCAUCUGUUUUUCACUGUUCUGCCUUGUGUUUGUCACCGUACAAGGGAAGAUCUCCAAUCCCAAAGUCCAGGUGUACAGCCAUUUUCCAGGAGAGUAUGGAAAAGAUAACACCCUGAUCUGCCAUGUGAGCGCCUUCCACCCUCCUGAUAUCACCAUUGACCUGCUGAAAAAUGGAGAAGCUAUUCCUAAUGCCCAGCAGACUGACCUGGCUUUUGAGAAGGGCUGGCAGUUCCAUCUGACCAAGAGUGUCGCCUUCAAACCGGUGAAAGGAGAGGAGUACACGUGCAGAGUUCGACACCUGAACAAUCAGAACAACUACGCUUGGGAGCCAAACAUGUAAAGUCAAACAUGUAAUUCCAACAAACCCACAAAGAAGGAUAAUUCAUCAUUCGGACUUUUAACAGCCUCUACAGAGGUGCCUUUCAAGAUUCAAAAUGUAUACAAAUGAGGAUGGAAGAAAACUGAUAAAAUUGAUAUUUUUUUGAGCCAACUUAAAUCAACGUAAAGUUGUUCAACAUUAAAGUAAGGUUUAUACUUAAAGUUUAGCUGCUACGUGUUUCUGUAUGGGUUUGAUUUCUGGUUAUUUCACUUUUUCAUUCCUCUCUUUGUAAAUGCUGUGUACAACAUGCAGGAGUAAACUUUUUAGUUAAAGUUUAAGUGAUGGGGCGAUAGUUUCGCUUUUUUGUGAUUAAAGAUAUUUCUUUUGAAAUAUUA